UCGAUACUAGUACUGGCGGGAAUCAACAAAAAAAUUUCUGCGCUAAUUUUGUUUUAAAAUUGCAUAAAAAUGCAACGUCCAUCACUUCCUGUUUUAAGAAAAAUCCGAUGAGCCCUGGGAAAUCCAAAACUUUCGCAACAUCUUUGCAACACUCCCUGGACUGCAAAACAAAAACAAACACUUCAGAGAACAAAAUUUUAGGAAUUCCAUUUAAAAAUUCCAUUGAAUAGAAAGAUAGAAGCGAAUACAAAUUUUAAUAGAUCUGGAUCUGUGGCUUAUGCAAUCGACAGGCCCAGGGACAACUGGUGCAGGGCAUAAUCCUCAAGGACUCUGUUUUCAGUUAAAGAUACGCAUGGAACAAUGAGGGGGGAUCUGCGAAUCAUCACUAGCGGCUAUGGACCAUGCAAGGCAGGAGAACAUCAUAAAUAGUGUUUAUCUGUUUUAUAUACGCUGGUGCCGGUCCCUGUAACGUAACGCUCCUCUGUGCAUUUAAAUUCGAAUGAAUCAAUGGCGCGCACAGCCAUAGCAACCAGUGGAGUGAGCGCAGUGGAAUGUAUGCCGAGGCAUCGGAUGCAAAAUAGUUGACUGCUGCUCGCGGCGCUGUCGAAAAGGGAACGCCCAGAUAGCCCCAGCUCCACAUUCGCAUAAUUAUGAACAGACUUACGUAAAUAUUGCAUACGCAACACGUUUAAUUAUAGACGCCACGCCGCAAAACGCAAUGCCACGCAUUUAGAAGAAGGAAGCCAAAAGUAUUAAUUGAAUCGAUGUAGAAUGGCGCACAGCUCAGCUGGAUUAUGGCUUCUUUGCGCUUAGUAAAUAGACUAGUGUGCCGCGGCUUUGUAGUGCUGACUCUGCUCUUGAUAUUCUUCAAUGAGUUUCUCAUCUACUACAUGGCCCAAUCCAGCUGGCACCAAAUCGAUUGCAAACUGGAUAAUUGCACACGGCUGCUGCUCAUCUCUGACCCCCAGAUCUUGGGCACCUCCUACGAUCGCUCGUCCCACAGCCCGCUGGCUCGCUACGACUCGGAUAGAUAUCUGCAAAAGACAUUUGAGCGCGCCGUGUCCUUUACCCAGCCGCACAUCAUCGUCUUCCUGGGCGAUUUGCUGGACGAGGGCAACAUUGCCACGGCGCAGGAGUAUAAGCAAUAUGUAAAGCGUUUUCGACGCAUCUAUCAGAGCAAGAAAUUCCGUAAAUUCCGAAUGAUCUCUGCCUAUUUUCAGAGGGUACAUGUGCCGGGGGAUAAUGACAUUGGCGGCGAGAAUGGCGACUACAUAUCCAAUUCGAACCAGCGACGCUUCGAGAACGAGUUCAUGAGCGAGGACCUCUUCGACUAUGACCAUCGUAUCCGCUUCUUUAAGAUCAAUCGCAUGCUUUUGGACUUUACAAAUCCCGACAGGGACAACAAUGCCGAUCGGCUCCGCAUUGGGGUCUCGCACGCACCACUGCUCAUUGGCGGAGGACCGCUGCUGCGGGCCGUCAUCAGCGACUUGGAUCCACAUAUCAUAUUCUCGGGCCAUUGGCACGAGUCCAGGAUAUUCAUUUACCCCUCCACAAAGGUGAUCAACUUCUAUGAGAAUGCAGUGCGGCAUUUUGACCUGAAGGCGCUGAAGGAGCAGGAGCACAGCUAUUUGGAGAUUAUGGUGCCCACCUCCUCGUAUCGCAUGGGAAAGUCCAAGAUUGGCAUGGGCUAUGCUGUGCUGGAGAACUACAAUCUCAGCUACACGGUUCUGUGGCAGCCGAAUCGUUUUAUUCUGCUCUUCACUUACGUCUUCUGGGGCCUGUUUGUGGUCUGUGGAUCGAUUGUCUACAAAAUGAUGACCCGCUGUCCCUUCCGUGUGGCCAAACGACAGACGCCCUAUAGCCGCGUCUCCAAUAUACCUCAAUUUUAGACUGUAUCCCUCUGCCGCCCCCUUCUGGACAAUAAACAGGAGAUUCUCAACGAAAGUAGCUCGAUUAAUUAAUGAGAUUGCAAUGAUAUAUACACAUAACGUUAAGUAGAAUAUUCGAAUAGUUACUUAUACUUAUACAUAAAUUGUUAACAAGAGUCUUAAAGUGAUUAUAUCU